GGGGCAGGGCGGGAACAGGCGGCAGAAGAUGCUGUGCCUCCCGGUAACCUUCCAGUUGCUGCUGGUGCUGGUGCUGUGCAGCCAGGGCACGGAGAGGUGUCCUUCACCCUUCUGCGAGUGCUCCGACUGGGAGGACUACAAAAUCACCUGCAGGGACAUCCACUUCAUUCCCAGCCUUCCGGAGGACACCCAGACCCUGAGGUUUAUGGAGACUCAUCUAAGAACAAUUCCAAGUGAUGCUUUUUCCAAUCUCCCCAACAUCUCUAGGAUCUACAUCUCUAUAGAUGAAACCCUUCAGAGUCUGGAGGCCCAUUCCUUCAACAGUUUAAGUAAAGUCACUCACAUUGAAAUUCGAAAUCUUAGAAACUUAGAUUACAUAGAUCCAGAUGCCUUUAAGAACCUCCCACUUCUGAAAUACCUUGGUAUUUUUAAUACUGGACUCAAAACAUUUCCAGACCUCAACAAAAUCUACUCAUUUGAUGUGAAUUUUCUACUUGAAAUUGCAGAUAAUCCUUACGUGACUUCAGUGCCUGCAAAUGCUUUCCAUGGGCUUUGUAAUGAAUCUCUAACCCUCAAACUCUACAAUAAUGGUUUUACCAGUAUUCAAGGCCAUGCUUUUAAUGGGACAAAUCUGGAUGCUAUCUAUCUGCACAAGAACAAAUACUUGGAAGUUAUCAGUGAUGAUGCAUUUCUGGGAGUGCACAGUGGACCAACUCUACUGGAUAUCUCCAGAACAGCUGUCACUAACCUUCCAGCCAAAGGACUGGAAAGCCUAAAAGAACUAAUGGCAAAAAAUACAUGGACUUUAAAGAAAUUACCAGCUGUCAAGAUAUUUCUUCAGCUAAUGCGAGCUGACCUAUCAUAUCCAAGUCACUGCUGUGCUUUCAAGAGCUGGAAAAAAAAAAGUGGGAUCCUGGAGUACCUGACUUGCAACCAGAGUGGCAGCCACAGCUUUCGUAAGAGAUCAGUCAAAGCUCUCAGAGGUCCAUUUUAUAAAGAUUAUGGAGAAGAAUACACGGACUACACUGAUCCUGCCUAUGACACAAACACCAAGUUCACAAAUUUUCAUGAAAAUCCCCAUUAUUACAUUUUUUUUGAAGACCGUGGAGAAGGAAAUCUUGGCUUUGGCAAAGAGCUCAAGAACCCUCAAAUGGAAGAUGUCCAGACCUUCGACAGUCACUAUGACUAUCCUGUCUGUGGAGGCAAUGAAGAUGUAAUAUGCACACCAGAGCCUGAUGAGUUUAAUCCCUGCGAGGAUAUAAUGGGAUAUCAGUUUCUGAGGAUUGUGGUAUGGUUUGUGAACCUGCUUGCCAUCCUAGGCAACAUUUUCGUCCUGUUCAUCCUUCUCACCAGCCAUUACAAACUGACCGUGCCACGCUUUUUGAUGUGUAACUUGGCCUUUGCUGACUUUUGCAUGGGGUUAUAUCUCCUUCUGAUUGCUUCAGUGGAUCUCUACACCAGGUCAGAGUACUAUAACCAUGCUAUAGAGUGGCAGACUGGGCCUGGUUGCAACACAGCUGGAUUUUUCACAGUCUUUGCUAGUGAACUGUCUGUAUACACGCUGACUGUGAUCACCCUGGAGCGCUGGUACGCCAUCACGUUUGCCAUGCGCCCAGAUCGAAAGAUUCGCCUCCGGCACGCCUUGGUGAUCAUGCUGGCAGGGUGGCUCUCAUGCAUUCUGCUUGCCCUUUUGCCACUGGUUGGUGUCAGCAGCUACAGCAAAGUCAGCAUCUGCCUGCCUAUGGACACCGAAACGCCAGUGGCCGAAGCCUACGUCGUGUUCGUUCUAAUAUGUAACAUUAUUGCUUUUGUCAUCAUUUGCGCCUGCUACAUAAAAAUCUACGUAACUGUGCGGAACCCUCAGUACAAGUCAGGGGACAAAGACACCAAAAUUGCCAAGAGGAUGGCUGUGCUAAUUUUCACAGACUUUCUGUGCAUGGCUCCCAUCUCUUUCCAUGCUUUAUCUGCCAUUAUGAACAAACCAUUGAUAACUGUCACCAAUUCCAAGAUUUUGCUGGUACUUUUCUACCCACUCAAUUCCUGUGCCAAUCCCUUUCUUUAUGCUAUUUUCACCAAAGCUUUCCGUAGAGAUGUGUUUAUCUUGCUAAGCAAGUUUGGUAUAUGUGAGCAUCAGGCUCAAGUCUACAGAGGUCAGACAAUCUCAGCCAAAAACAGCAGCGGGUCUUAUGGGCAGAGAAUCAGCCGAGGGAUAGGUCAGAUUCUUACAAGCAUUCAAGAUCCAGUCAAUGAUUACCUUCCUGCCGUGGCAAUGCAGAACCAAAUUCUCAUGGAAGAAUGCAAGCAAACUGAGCUGUAA